AUGGAGUGCUCAUAUUCUGACUAUGAGAACAGCGAGCUUGCUUUCCCGCUGACAGAUGAAGAAGAUAGUGUGGGUUUCAUCAUUGCAUCACCUUUAUCAUCAGCGAAUAACCCCUCGGCAGAGCUGCUGGCUGGGCAGACGCCGAGUUCAGACUGUGAGAGACCAGAAGAUCCGAGAGACAAGAAGCGCAAACCAAGAGGUCGGUCGAAAGCAAAACCUCAAGCCGGCCUUCAUUUGGUGAAGAGGAGUCGCAGGACGAAAGCCAACGACCGAGAGAGGAACAGGAUGCACAACCUGAACUCGGCCCUGGAUAACCUCCGCGGGGUCCUGCCAACUUUUCCCGACGAUGCCAAGCUCACCAAGAUCGAAACGCUGCGAUUCGCUCACAACUAUAUUUGGGCUCUGUCUGAAACGCUGAGGCUGGCCGAUCAGUGUGUGGACGGCGGCCGCAAGCAAGUGAUGCUGCCCAGUUACCUGAAGACGGUCGACCCUCCUAGUCCGGGCAGUGAUGCGGGAUCCUGGGUGACAACACCAUCCCUAUCACCUGCCACCACUUGUACUUCCAGCCCAGCCAGUCCUUCCACCUCCGAGGACUAUGCGUACAAAAGACAAUCUGACAGCAUCUUCUCAUUCCGCACUAUACAGAAGGAUUUCCUCAACGAGGUGUCCUGUUUCAAUGAUUACCACUGA